CCGGGUGGAGAGCGGCGCGGGCUGGAGCGCUGCGGCCGGACGGGAGCUGCCCGGUGGGCACUGGGCGCUGGGUUCGGGGGCAUCCAGGUGGCGGAGUCCGUUCAGAAUCUCAUUAGCAGCUUCUGCCUGAGACAGUAGAGCCGGGAAAGAAAGCGUACUCUUCGAAGGCCCCCAGGAGCUCACCAGCCCGGAGAGCAGGAUGGAUCUGGACGUGGUGAACAUGUUUGUGAUCGCGGGUGGCACCCUGGCCAUUCCCAUCUUGGCCUUUGUAGCUUCAUUUCUCCUGUGGCCUUCAGCACUGAUAAAAAUCUACUACUGGUACUGGCGGAGGACUCUGGGCAUGCAGGUCCGCUAUGCCCAUCAUGAAGACUAUCAGUUCUGCUAUUCCGUCCGUGGCAGAGCUGGGAACAAGCCCACCAUCCUCAUGCUCCACGGAUUCUCCGCACACAAGGAUAUGUGGCUCAGCGUGGUCAAGUUCCUUCCGAAGAACCUGCACUUGGUCUGUGUGGACAUGCCAGGACAUGAGGGGACCACCCGUUCCUCCCUGGAUGACUUGUCCAUAGACGGGCAAGUCAAGCGGAUACAUCAGUUUGUAGAAUCUCUCAAGCUGAACAAAAAGCCCUUCCACCUGGUAGGCACCUCCAUGGGUGGCCAGGUGGCUGGGGUGUAUGCAGCUUACUAUCCAUCGGAUAUCUGCAGCCUGUCCCUGGUGUGCCCAGCCGGCCUGCAGUACUCCACUGAUAACCAGUUUGUGCAACGGCUCAGAGAGCUGCAGGACUCGGCCGCCGUGGAGAAGAUCCCCUUGAUCCCGUCCACCCCGGAGGAAAUGAGCGAGAUGCUCCAGCUCUGCUCCUUCGUGCGCUUCAAGGUGCCCCAGCAGAUUCUCCAGGGCCUUGUUGAUGUCCGCAUCCCGCAUAACAACUUCUACCGAAAGCUGUUUUUGGAAAUUGUCAGUGAGCGGUCCAGAUAUGCCCUGCACCAGCACAUGGACAAGAUCAAGGUCCCCACGCAGAUCAUCUGGGGGAAACAAGACCAGGUGCUUGACGUGUCUGGGGCAGACAUGUUGGCCAAGUCGAUCACCAACUGCCAGGUGGAGCUUCUGGAAAACUGCGGGCACUCAGUGGUGAUGGAGAGACCCAGGAAGACAGCCAAGCUCAUCGUUGACUUUUUAGCUUCUGUGCACAACACAGACAACAACAAGAAGCUGGACUGAGCCCCCAGCUGCAGCCUGCGCUCCACACACGACAUCUGCCCCCAUCUCCAGAAUCCGACGUGGCCACCACUUCUCAGGGAUCCCGCCCCAAAUGCGGUCGGAGCACCAGCAUCCCUGAAGAAGCUCGGCUCCCACCCCCUCCCGGGUUCCUACAGUUCCCCCGUGCUUCAGGGCCCCUGGGGAAAUCCCAAGACCUUUUCCACACAUGGAAACCCAUCGGGAACAGAAAAAAGGAAACCCGGCCUGAAAACAAUCUACCAGGAAGACAUCAAGCUCCUGUCCCAGACAGGCUCGUGCAAAACAGCCACCCUGGGCCACGACAGGGAGGACAUUUUCCGUCCAGCACUGGCCACACCCUGAUACCCAAGGCAGCCCUCCUGUUGCUUCGCCACCCCCUGCAUGGUGGGCGACUGACAUGGGAGCAUUCACGUGUAUUCGCCGAACCCCUCUGGCUUAUGUCUGAUGUCAGUUUUACAUAGAUGCUCUUCUGAGAACGCAGCCCCUCCACUGCAACCAGGGAGGACAGCGGUGAGCUGGAGGAAAUGUUUCUUCGCAGCCCGGCCAGCACUCUGAGCUGCUGGAGCUGAGCGGAACAUGGGUGCUUGGUGUCUUCAGCGCCUACGUGUCCACUAUGUCACCAGUGCACCCAGAUCGGUCACAGGACGGAAAAUA